CAGUUCAACUGAAAUAUGAACUCAACUACCAAGUUCCAAAAACAAGAUGUGUCACAAGAUGCAACCCUAAAAUGCUCAAGCCUGGUUUUGCAUGCUUGUGCCAUGUCCUCAGGGAAGUGAUCAGGAUGACACACACACACAUUAUUCGAGGAACCUGCUGUAAUUUCUUCUUCUGAUCAAUCAAACAUCUCUUCGGUUGGGUCUCUCCACCCUUGUUUUCCAAAUUGAGGUGUUAUCAUCAUCUUGAUUAUACACCAGGAAUUAUUCUGCCUACUUCAAACAUCCAAAGUGACAAAACUGAUGAAAUGGACAAAAUGGAAAAUGCAGCCCAGGAGUCCAGAGCUGAACGCAUAGCUCGCUACAAAGCUGAGAGACGGCGAGAGCUGGCUGAACGUUAUGGCAGCCAGGAAGAGGAGCUUCCAUCUAAGUGGUCGAGAAGAGACAGGGAAGGACGCGGUGUCCGUGACUCUAACUAUGUGGAAAAGUCUGUUUCAGGAGGAAUGAAUGGGGGGAUGGGGAGGAAUGGACAAACACCAUUAGAGGAACGGCCUGUUCCUGCAAUGAUCUCCAAUGGAUGUAAGGUGAACACCAGUCGAGAGAACACACACCAAAACAGCACCACUGAUGGUGGUGUGGUGGCCUUGACUCUUGACCUAGCGGUUCAGCCAGGUGCCGAGGGAUGUCGUCGGCGUAGCCGUCGAUACAUGCCAGGGGAUCCUGCAGGGAGUCGCAAAAACAGUGAACGUUUCCGUACUCAACCCAUCACAGCUUGUGAGAUAAAGGAGAGUUGUGGAACAAUGGACGAUGAAAAUCAGGACACCUCGCAAAUGGAUGUAAAGACAGAUGACAGAGCCAAGAUGAGUGUAGCUGCCAAGAUGUCCCUGUUUAAAGAAUUGGAGAAGACAGCUUCACCUGAGGCGUCUUUAUUCCUCAAACCUCGCUCCAGUAAUAGUUUCCAUGAGCGCAGAGUUCGCCGUAACAACGAUCCCCGAGCACUCACUCAGCCAAUCACCUUUGAGGAAACAGUGAUGGCAGCGAGUCCUCAGUCGGGUGAGGCGUGUGAGCCUGAGGCAGAGGUGGAGGAUGAUGCUGGCACUAAACUGUCUAUGAGUGAGAAACUGGCUCUCUUCAACAAACUGUCUCAGCCCAUAUUGGGUGCUGUGGGGAGUCCCGUGAGAGACGGCAGCCCACUAGAGGCCUCCGAGAGACGCAGACAGAAGGGUGCACGCUACCGCACACAGCCCAUUACUGUGGAUGAGGUCAAUUUGCUUCAGAAAGAGCCUGUUCAGCUUCCUCGUCUUCAUCUGACGCCUCACCUCUCUGACCGACAGCAAGCUGAGUCCAUCAACCUGAAGCCCAGUGAAGUGUGUCUCUCUAGGCCGAGCUCUUCACAGGAGAGGGGUUCCUCCUCCGAACUCACCUCAUCACCCCAUCUAAAGCCUACAGUAGGCAGCAACUCCCAGAAUUCAGUGCAGAUUAAAGGCAUUUUGAAAAAGAGCACUUCAGAGGGAGUGGUGUGGAGGAGUGGAACCAGAGAUCGGGAUAGGGAUCUGAAUGGACAUGGCCUUGAGAAGAAUGGGGGAGAGAGGAGUGAGAGGGAGGUGAAAGAGGAGAGACAUAUAUCAGCUGUGGGUCGAUCUCCAGUCUGUCCCUCCAGUGUUCCCUGGAGGCAGAGGGGUAGGAAGGAAGAACACGGCAGAACACGGAGAUCUGCGUCGAAGCCUGACGAAUGUCCAUCCCAUUCAGAAGACCUCCAGAUCACAGAACAGAGCAGAGAAUCAGACAUCACUGACAGACUGGCUGGCUCAAGAGUAACUAAAGAAGAAGAGGAGGUGCAAAGUGCUAAGGCAAGGUGCAAUAUCAGUGUAAACAGUGGGCCACAGGAUGAGACUGUCAGGACAGCGGAAUCUACUCCCCAAACUCAAUGCUGGGAGCCUGUGUUUUCCUCUGUAUACUCUCAUUCAAGCACCACACCUCAAUAUGUGAUGUUUUUCAAUGAGAGGAGUCUUUCUUAUGAAGCUCAAGAGGUUUCCACAUCCACUCAAAACCAACCACAGGUGACGGGGAGAGACAAGGAAAUCUGUAAGGAGGAAGACUCUCCCAAACUAAUCUUUACAGAAACACAAACCAUUUGCACCAAUGAAGUCCAAGAAAGUCAGAUGGUUGGUACUGAGAUGGCUAAAGAGGUCAUGACCUCUGACCCCUGCUCACUGCCAGCGUGUCCUACCACUGGAGGAGACACAGAGCCAGAUCUCAGCACUCUCUGUCAGACCAACAUGCCAAUUUUGAGCUCAGCUGUAGCUGAACACAGGCGCUCAGUACGGCCGUCCCGCAGGACUCAGGGUUCGAGGAAUCCAUUACGUGCUCUUGCUGCUCGAGAGGAUAUCCAGCAGGAUUUCAUGCAGCCUGAAGAAAACAGUGAAGUAGAGAAUAAUACAGCUAUGAAAAAUUCUAACUGCACACCAGCUGAUGUCACUUCCUCUGGAAAAGUGAGCAGACCCAUAGUGCCAUACAACCAACUCAUGCUCAUCCAGGUUAAAGGAUGGAGGCAGGUGCAGGUGCGGUUGGUGGAGCCUGUGUCACACUCUCUUAACAGUGGCGACUGCUUUCUGUUGGUCACACCCUCAAACUGCUUCCUCUGGACCGGCAAACUCUCCAACACCAUCGAGAGAGAAAAGGCAUCUGAAAUGGCCUCGUUGAUUGUGACCCAGAGGGAUAUGGGUUGUCAAGCAACGGGCGUCGUUCACCUUGAUGAAGGUGUAAAUACAGACAGCCUGCAGGCAGCAGAGUUCUGGAAGCUUCUCGGGGGACAGAGCCAGUAUAAAGGUCCAGACAGUGCUGAUGAGGAUGAGCACUAUGAGAGAGCCAUUUCAGAGUCAAACUGUAUUUAUAGGCUGCAGGGGGACAGAUUCAGCCCCCUUGAGCAGGCCUGGGCUGCCGUACCACACCUCGCUCUACUGAACUCCUCUCAGACUCUGUUGUUUGACUUCGGCAGCGAGCUCUAUUUGUGGCAUGGGAAAGACGUCGGUCCCAGUGAGAGGAAACUGGCCCUUCAGCUGGCUCAGCAGGUUUGGGACGGCGCGUAUGACUACAGCAACUGCAGGAUCAACCCUCUGGAUCCCUCUGGUGGCAGUGCCCGCAUUCCCAAGAAGGGAACUGGACGGCCAGACUGGGCACUUUUUGGCCGUGUGUUUGACCAAAAUGAGACGGUACUGUUCAAAGAGAAGUUUGCUAACUCAUUUGAGCAGACAAAAGUGAACAAAAAUCACAUCGAACCUUUCAUACAAGAGGAGGAGCAGACCCCAUCACUCAUGUCAUCUCCUCAGCCAGUGUCACCUGAGCAGUGGUCAUGUGAUGCCAGAGCUCUCUUCGGUGGAGUCUGUCUCUCGGCGGUGUCAAAAAUCGUUCUGGAUGGUGUGGAUGUACGUAGGGGACGAGACAUGGUCACUCUGAGUGAUGGUCGCCAGGUGGAGUUAUGCACACUUGCAGUGAAAUCGUGGCUUAUUUCAGAGAGUGAGGAGUGUGAGGUUGCCCCAGAGAGCUUGGGACAGUUUAGUGAGGGCUGCACAUACGCUACACGCUGGACUUACAGCCUCACAGCGUUAGGGGAUCAGAUGGCAAGAGGUCAGGAACGAUCUGCUCUUUUCAUCUGGAAGGGGCGGCACUCCAAUGCCAGUGGGCGGGACUUGUCACCAACACUGACCAAUCAGUGUAGUUCUCAGGUGUUUGUAACAGAAGGGGAGGAGCCAGCCUGUUUUCUGCAGCUGUUCCAGGGAGGGAUGGUCAUUUAUAGAAAACACAACAGAGACACAGGAGGCUGGCUUCUGUUCUGUGUGAGGGGGGAUGUGUCUGUAGAAGGCAGUCUGUUAGAGGUCCCUUGCUCCUGCUCCAGUCUGAGGUCUCGUGGCUCAUUGGUCUUGCUGAACAGCCAGCAGGGGGCGAUCUACCUUUGGCAUGGCUGCAAAGCCCACAGCAAAGCACGUCAGGUGGCCAAGCAGACCGUCCAACGCCUCACACAGAUGUGCCCACCUGAGCUGAGUCUGAGAACUGGCAGCUUUAUGAAUGUCCAGGAAGUGGAGGAGGGGAAAGAGCCUGCAGAAUUCUGGAAUGCUAUUGGACCACAGGACAAGAAGUCAUAUGACUGCAUGCUACAAGAUCCUGGUAAAUUUCACUUUACCCCCCGCCUUUUUCACCUGAGUGCCCAAUCAGGAACGUUUGAAGGGGCGGAGUUCAUUAGUCCCUCCCAUGUUAGUGGAGUAAUUAUGGCAAUGCCUUUCCUCCAGGAUAAGUUAUAUUCUGUGCCACAUCCAGCACUGUUCCUGCUGGAUAACUAUCUGGAGGUGUAUUUAUGGCAAAGUUGUGAAGCCUCAGUCUCACAGCACCCCCACUGGGACAAAGAGAAGAAGUGCGCCAUGGAGACUGCCUUACAGUACUGCAAAGAGAGAAAUCCUAGACGACCUCCCAUGGCAUACCUGAUUGAUGAAGGGGCAGAGCCUCUCACCUUUACUAAUAUAUUUCCUUCAUGGGAGAUGAGACUGACACGGGGAGUCCAAGACUGCACAGUGUGUAAAAAGCUGACUUUGGUGCAGGAUGCUCUUGCAGCCCUUAAUAAGACCCAGUUUCCCCUUAAGGAUCUGCUAAAGAGACCUUUACCCGAGGGAGUGGAUCCUUUACACUUGGAGAACUACCUGUCUCCGCAGGAUUUCAAGGCUGUUUUAGGAAUGACAUGGAAUGACUACAACUGUCUAUCAGAUUUACAAAAAAUGGACCUGAAGAAAAGCAAAGGACUUUACUGAGUGUCAGCAGCACUGUGACCUAUAGGCUCAACAUGAAGCGAUAUUUUAAAAAAGAUGUGUUUGUAAGAUGAACAUGUUCUUGAUGGCAGUCAUGUGUACAGUGUAACUGUAAGUGUGAGUGUGUCUUUUUCGGUCUGGUGCUUCUUAUCAUGUCUAAUGCCCAGUGAUCAUUUUGGCCAAAAGCUUUCUGUUCAAAGCUAGACAGAACCAUUAACUAUGACUUUGAGAAAUAGCUUCCAUGUUUUUCUUCCCAUCCUCCAUCGCAGCUGUUUCUCUUCCCGCUUUAUUUAUCUCUUCCCGUCUGCCUUUUAUCUCUCCUCUCAACACAAAGCAGGACAUGUGAAUAAAGAUCUGGUUGUUUUACUGAACUUACAGUUGAAUUUAGUAAUGUUUAUUUUAAAAUAAAACAAAAUGAAAUCUUU